AUGCCUAUGAAUGACAUGCCUAUGAGUGACAUGCCUAUGAAUGACAUGCCUAUGAAUGACAUGCCUAUGAAUGACAUGCCUAUGAAUGACAUACCUAUGAUUGACAUGCCUAUGAAUGAUAUACCUAUGAAUGACAUACCUAUGAAUAACAUGCCUAUGAAUGAUAUGCCUAUGAAUGAUAUGCCUAUGAAUGAUAUGCCUAUGAAUGACAUGCCUAUGAAUGGCAUGCCUAUGAAUGAUAUGCCUAUGAAUGAUAUGCCUAUGAAUGACAUGCCUAUGAAUGAUAUGCCUAUGAAUGAUAUGCCUAUGAAUGAUAUGUCUAUGAAUGACAUGUCUAUGAAUGACAUGUCUAUGAAUGACAUGCCUAUGAAUGAUAUGCCUAUGAAUGACAUGCCUAUGAAUGACAUGCAUAUGAAUGAUAUGCCUAUGAAUGAUAUGCCUAUGAAUGAUAUGUCUAUGAAUGACAUGUCUAUGAAUGACAUGCCUAUGAAUGACAUGCCUAUGAAUGAUAUGCCUAUGAAUGAUAUGCCUAUGAAUGAUAUGUCUAUGAAUGACAUGCCUAUGAAUGAUAUGCCUAUGAAUGGCAUGCCUAUGAAUGACAUGCCUAUGAAUGACAUGCCUAUGAAUGAUAUGCCUAUGAAUGACAUGCCUAUGAAUGACAUGCCUAUGAAUGAUAUGUCUAUGAAUGACAUGUCUAUGAAUGACAUGCCUAUGAAUGAUAUGCCUAUGAAUGACAUGCCUAUGAAUGAUAUGCCUAUGAAUGACAUGCCUAAAAGCCUACAAGCAUCAUACAAAAAAUAA